AAUGUAUGAAUUUUGGAAUGGUUAGGACUUUCAGAAUAGAUAUCCAAAUAAUUUUGAAUAAUAAGGGAAUCAGUUUAUUUUACAAAUCAUUUCAAAUACAUCUCUUAUUUUAGACCAUUUUAAUCAAUAACAGUUUUUAUAAGCACUUCCUCCACUUUCUGAAAUUUAAGUCAAGAGCUUGUAAACUCUAGCUUAUAAUUAGAUUUUAUGAUGCAAAGAAACUGGCUGAAAGUUCUGAUGAAUUAUAAGAAUAUAUUCAACAUUACAUGGAUGUUAAUGGAAAUGUAAUUAAACUGAAUUCAUAAUUCUAAAAUGCAGAAAAGUAAUAAUGUGCAUAAUUAUUAUUAAAAAUGAUAUAAAUGGUUUAAGGUACAAUAGGUGAUUGGUACAAAUUCCAACAUUAACCAAUUGAAAUAGAAAAAUUUGAAGAAAAAGGUAGAUAUAUAUAUAUAUAAUAUAUUUAGUGGAUUUAUUGCGUCAUAAUUUUUCUAUAUAAUAGGCUUAAAAUUGCUGUGACAAAUGUUAACUUAUUUGAUAAUUUAUUUUAUAAGAAAUUUUAAAAUCAAUGGUAUAUUUGUAUAUUUAUAUUCCUCAAGAGUAAAAUGAGUAGGCCAGCAUCUUGCAAAAGUCGAAAGAGUGAAGUUGAUGAGUCCCUUUUUGGUAUCAAAUUAAAACUAAUUACAUAAAAGGAAGUAAUAAAAGAAAUGAUGCUAAAACUGCUAAAGUAAUUCAGAGUGUUAGAAAAGGAGACAAUUCAAAUCCAGAUGUUGUUUUAAUAGGAGAAGCAGAAUUAUAAAGAAUGAAAGUUUAUUUCAUCUUUAAUAUUAGAAUAAUGCUAUUGUAAAAACUAAGGAAGAACAAUUAUACUAGAAGAAACUCUUAGAGGAAUAAAAAGAAAAGUAAAUGACAGCAGCUAAAGCUAAGAAAUAAAGAAUGACAUAAUUGGAAGAAGAAAAAAAGAAGCAAAUACCUUUGACAGCAUAAUAAUAGGAAGAUAAGGUAGUAAAGGAUAGUCUUAAUGCAAGGGUAUCUAAUUAUAUUUGAAUUUAGGCUGCAGAGAUUUUGAAUGAAUAAUUAGAUGAUGUUAAAGAGAUGAAUAAGAUGGUUAUGUAUGCCAAAUGUGUUACAAUAAGAGAUAAAUAAUUAUAAGAAAAACAAUAAUUGAAAGAAGAAUUUAAAAAUUAAGAGAAAAGAAAAGAUCUUAUGAUGGAAAUUGAAAGACUUAAAUCAGUUAAAUAUUAUGAAGAAAAAGAUGUUUAACAUAAAUAAGAAUUAAAAGAAGGUCAUGGAAUUAUAGUAGAAUAAAUUAAAGAAAGAGAAUUGAUUAGACUUAAGGAAAAAGAAGAAUAGGAAAGAGAAGGAUAAAUUAUGAUUAAAUAAAUUAAAUAAGUUCAAAUUGAAGAUCAAUAAAAAAAUCAAUAAAGAAAGCAUAUGUAGAAGAAAUUACAAGAUGAAAUUUUAGAAGCUAAUUCUAAAGCUAUUGUUGUUAAAGAAAAGAGAAGAUUGGAAGAAAAAGAAGAAGAAGAGAAGAUUGCAAAAUAUAAUUUAGAAAAGGCUUAGAAAGAAGCUGAAAUAAUUGAAGAAUAGAAAAGAAUUAAAGAAGAAAGAGAAAGAGAUGUUUAAAGAUUAAGAGAAAUGCAAGAAAAAGCUUAAGAUAGAUAAGCUGAAUUGGAUUUAUUAAGAGCAAAAAGAGCUAUGGAAUAAAAUGAAAGAGCUGCUAGAGAAAAAGAAAGAAGGGAAGCAGAACUUAGAUAAAAAUUAAAUUAAGAAUUGUAUUAAGCAAGAUAAGUACAGUAGAAUGAAAAAUAAGAUAAAUUAGAAGAAUAAGUACUUUACCUUAAUAUUGAAUCAAGGCUAGACUUGAAAGGGAUGAAUUCCAAAGAGUUAUUUAAAAGUAAAAAUAAGAACGUGAAAACGAAUUAAGGUUACAGUAAGAGAAAGAAUAAAUGGUCAAAAAACAUGCAGAAGAGUUAAGAAAAUAGAUAUCAAUGAAUGAAGAGAAAAGAAAGUAAGAAGAAAGAGAUAAGUAUAUAAUUUUAUUAUUAAUUUUAUAGGCUUGAAGAAGGUAAAAAGAUUAGAGAUAAAAUGAUAAAUGAAAAGAAAUUAUUAGAAAAUAUUAAGGAAUAGAAAUUGAAAGGACUUAAUGAUAAUACAAUACCUGAUAAAUAUAAGGCUGAAUUAGCAAAAAAGAAAAUUAAUAUUCAAAUAUGAUU